UUGUGAAAACCAUGGUUCAAUAGAAAGGACAUUCCUUCUGUUCCUUGAUUUUCGGGCACAUCUUGUUUCUAGCCUCUGGAUGGAGACUUUUUCUCCAAAGGAACAAAACACAAACAUUCUCCCCAACCCUCUCUUCCCUUUUCUCUUUUUCAACCCAAAAACUUUUCCUUGAAAUAACAACACCAUCACCAUUUCAGGUUCACAUUGCUGUCAAACCUCAUUAUCAUCAUCAGUCAUAGCACCUACUCUCUCUUCCUCUUUUAAUGUUGAUAUAUAGCCUUGAAUCCUUCAACUGAUAUGCCAUUGCUUCUCCAAAGGGUCAUCUAUAGUUCCAUUCCUUCCCCACAUACCAACAUGGAAAUUUUGCUUUCUUUCAUUUGAUGCCACAAAAGGGGGGAUUAAAAUUUGAUUCCUUUUCAAAAUUUGAGAGAACAUAAUGCAAUUCCAUCGUUCCCUAAGAGCACAAUCAGUCUCAACACCUAUACCUGAGAAGAUCACAGAGGAGCCUUUGCCUAGCAAAGUUGCACAAAGCACCGUGACAUGUUUUUACCAAGCCAAUGUUGUGGGCUUUUGGCGGAAUGUAUCGGUUUUGUGGUGCAAAAAUCUCAUGAACCACUCCUUGCACAUCACGGUUGAUAGUGUAGGAGGUGAGGUGCAAUAUAGCUGCAAGAUUGACGUGAAGCCUUGGCACUUUUGGAGCAAAAAAGGGUACAAAACCUUUGAGGUUGAUGGCAACCAGGUUGAACUCUAUUGGGAUCUCCGGUCAGCUAAAUUCACCGGCUCCCCCGAGCCGAGCAGCGAUUACUACGUGGCCCUAGUGUCUGAUGAAGAGGUUGUGUUGUUGUUGGGAGACUACAAGAAGAAGGCUUACAAGAGAACAAAAUCUAGACCUGCCCUUGUUGAUGCCAUGAUGUUGCUCAAGAAAGAAAACGUGUUAGCCAAGAAAAGUUUCUCUACGAAGGCCCGGUUCAAUGAGAAGAGAAAAGAUAGUGAGAUUGUUGUGGACAGCUCAACUGGGGGUCCUAGUGACCCUGAGAUGUGGAUUAGCAUAGAUGGGAUUGUGCUGAUCCAUGUCAAGAACUUGCAGUGGAAGUUCAGGGGGAACCAAACUGUGAUGGUUAACAAGCAACCUGUGCAAGUGUUUUGGGAUGUGCAUGAUUGGUUGUUUAGUGGAUCAGGCUCAGGGCAUGGCCUUUUCAUCUUCAAGCCAGGGCCUCCAGAAGCUGAGAGUGAGAAAGAAGGCAGUGCUGUGGAGGGUUGUGAGAGUGAUGAUGGCAGUGUUGGGUAUUUUUCAACUAUGAAUAUCGCUACCUUUGAGUUCUGCCUCGUUCUCUAUGCCUACAAAAUUGAGUAAAGAGAAGAGAGAGCAAGUUUAUGAUAGUUGAGGGCAAAAAGUAGCAAGAUUGUAAAGUUAGUUGUGUUUUUUUAUUCUGGUGGAUGUAUUUCUUCUAUUGUGAAGCCAAUAUUGCUUAUGCAAAGUAAUUGGUAGUCCUGGUUAUUUGAAAUCAGGAUACAAUGAUUCGUAUUUGCAGGGAGAUUUUUUUUUGAAAGAAAAAAAAAACUAUUUUAAUGCUAUGGUUCAUGAACUUUUUUCAUUUUUAUGAGCCACUGCCAUAUGAGUAGAUAGCAAUGAACAUCACAAUUUUCGGCCAACCCAAGUGUGUGUUAAUGAAAAGGGUUUCUAAUGUUCUAUUGUUCUCUGUCAGGAAGGAUGUAUGCAACAAGUUUAGUCGA